CUCUUAUUGGCGUUUCCUGAUGUCAGUCACGUGUUCUGCCGGUGAUUGGUCAGUGCGUGUGCUUGCGGCAGAUCGCAUACAGUAGCAUCAUUAGCGGCCGUGUCAGCGUUUAGCUUUUGCUGUAAAGGAGUCUUAUAUUGUGGGAAGUCAUGACCACAUUGGACGAUAAGCUUCUAGGUGAGAAGCUGCAGUAUUACUAUAGCAGCAGUGAGGAUGAAGAGAGCGACCACGAGGAUGAGGAGAACCCUUCAAAAACCAUCCGGGAUCAGGAAGUGCAGGAGGUAGAAAUUGACUACAGUGCAGAUGGCAGUUCUGUCAAUACUGGGCCAAAGGGUGUCAUCAAUGACUGGCGUAAAUAUAAGCAGCUUGAGAACGAGCAGCGUGUGGAGCAGCAGAAAGAGAUGGAGCGGCUGAUCAAGAAACUUAGCAUGACGUGCAAGUCACAUUUGGAAGAGGAGGCCGACGAACAGAAACAGAAAGAGCUGCAGGAUAAGAUCGCAGGAAAGAUGACAAUUCGUGUUGAUGAAGAGGAGGAGGAUGAUGACGACGAAGACUUUCUUCAGCAGUACCGCUUGCAGCGCAUGGAGGAAAUGAGGCGACAGCUGUGUGGUGGUCGGCGCUUUGAAAAGGUCAUUGACAUUUCGUCAGGGGAGGAGUUUCUGCGUGCUGUUGACGAAGAGGGCAAGAGCACUCUGGUCGUGGUCCACAUCUACGAGCCGGAAGUGCCCGCCUGCCAGGCAAUGGAGGGCAGUCUGCUGUGCCUGGCAGUGCAGUACCCAAUGGUGAAAUUCUGUAAAGUCAAGGGUUCAGCCGUGGGUACGAGCGCUCUCUUUCGCACUUCAGCUUUGCCCGCUCUGUUGUUGUACCGAGGGGGAGAGCUGGUGGGAAAUCUGGUUCGUGUGUCCGAUCAGCUCGGAGAUGAUUUCUACGCUACAGACGUCGAAGCGCUCCUGCAGGAAUACGGCCUGCUGCCGGAGAAAUGCACACAGUCAAACACGCACUCGACUAUUCGAAAUGCAGCCGUCACUCACGGCAACGACUCAGACAGCGAUCUGGAUAUAGAUUAAAUGCGUGUACACACACAUAGACGUACAUUUACAUUAAGUGCAGUGCAGUGACCAAACACACAAAGCAGAAAAAUCUGGUACACACUACUGUAAAUACUGCAUCUGCUCAAUAUUCAAUAACAGGUUAUUUCUGGACCAAAUGAACAGACAUUCUCAGACUGUAUGUAAAAAAUCCUCUAGAAUUCAGGAGUGUUUCUUUAUGCAAAACCCUUCACAGAUUCCUCCAUUGAUAUUUCACUAUUUAUUAUAGUUUAAAAACUAUUUGUUUGUUUACUUGUGUGUUUUGUUUGUGCAAUUUUAGUUUGCUUCACCCUUUGUUAGUUUCAUACAUUUUAUAAACAUUUCCAUUAAUGAUAUAAAUGCAAAUAUACAAAACUUGAUUCUGAUUUUACUUUGUCUUGUAAUAUGUUUGUGGGUGUUUCUUUGCAUUGUGUUUCUUUUCUUUUUGCAAGAAAGUGUUCAUACAAAAAUGAAUAAAAUCUCUUUCAAGCA